AUGCUUCAGUUCAACGGCCCAUUUCGCAUUAUCACCACUCUUGGCUCUCGAGUCAUUCUCCCAGCAUCUUAUACGGAAUGGCUGAAAAACUGUCCUGGCUUGGAUCACCAGGAGCUCGUUCACGAUGAAUACUUCGCGGCGUACCCUGGAAUGGAAGGACAGAAGGUUGUCACUGAUCCGAGAAAGAUUCUCAUCGAUGUCACCAAGAGGAAAUUGAACCAAAAUAGCUCAUUUGCAAUAAGCGCAAUGCACACAACCUCUGAGCUGCUCAAGCAGGCGUUGUUGGACAUUUGCAUGCAUCCAAAAUUGAUUCCAGAUAUCAGAUACGAAGCAAGCAAGGCAGUUGAAGAGAGUGGAUGGUCAACCGCUGGAGUUUUCAAGAUGCGACUCCUCGACAGUGUAGUGAAGGAAACUCAAAGGCUGAAGCCUGGAUCAUUAGUGAAUCUCGAGCGAAAGGCUUUGCGGGGCGUUGUCCUUCCAAAUGGCAUGACGAUCCCCCGUGGAACUAACAUUGCCGUUGAUUCGUCUAUGAUGUGGGAUCCCGCUAUUUAUCCCGAUCCUUUCGUUUAUGACGGCUACCGUUUCCUUCGGUUACGCGAAUCUGGAAAUACUGGGGCAGCACUAGCGUCUUCAAGCCCGGAGCAUAUCGCCUUCGGUAUUGGGAAGCCAAUCUGCCCUAGUAGGUUCUUUGCCAGUAAUGAAGUCAAGAUUGCACUGGCCAAGAUACUGUUGACUUACGAUGUUAGACUCCCGGAAGGGUUUAAGCCAAAGGUUUUUGAAAUGGGGUAUGAAAUGUUGAGUGACCUUGGUGCGAAGUUGGAGAUUAGGAAGCGCUCAGGGCUGUGA